AAGCAGCAUGAAACGAAAUUUCUUCAUGCGCAGUUGAUAGCUGAUUACUUGCAUCUCUCUCGAUCUCCACUUCGACUCCCUCGACUUCGGAUUUGCAUGCUUUGAGAGGAGUAAGACAGGAGUGAAUACGUAUGCAAAACGUAUUCUAAAGAUGGAAAGAGGUGUCAGCAAGAUACUCGAUGUAUCGUGGAGAUUCGGAGUGACUGUAGCAAGUAACGAUUCUGACAAUGUUGCAAAGUCAUUUCUACAACUUAAGUUAUGUCUUGAUGAUGAUGGUAAAAUCAGGAAUGUGUUUACUGAGAUGACAAUAGCACAGUUUUACAAAUUUCUACACGAUUUGGAAAAAGCAAAAUGUAAUCUCGAUUUGUUACUGUAAGCAAAUACACAUAUUAAAAGAAUUUCAUAUAUAUGUA